AUGGCACCAGCCGCCGCAACUCUCUCUCAACUCAGGCUCUUGAUUCUGUCUCCCACAGCAUCUUCCAAGUCUGACCCAUCACCAUUCCCGCCCGUCCUACAUCAUCUCACAGGGAGUUUGCCAUCCACAGAUCUAUCGUCAUAUGCUGGAUAUACGUCACAUCCUCCGCUAAGGUUACGGACGAAAUAUUAUUCAAAGGAUGUAAGUCUUUGGUGUGAUGAGCUACCGUCAGUCGCUGGCCAAGCCAUGGCUUCCAUUAAGCCCACUGGAAACUCAACAGACUCUACUGCAGACCCGCAGCAGACUGAAGUUCCCGACGAGGUUCAAGAUCUGCAAGAGUGGGAAGACACGAUGUGUUCACCCGCGGCAGUUGAAGUGAGAUCGGUCAUUGGUGGCAUUGUUUUAGUACUGCCCGUGGAUGCAGCGCGAGCCUCUGCACAAGAGCAGUCGGAAAGUUUCAUGCCAUAUAUCAGGGCUGCGCAUAGGCUCAGAGAAGCCGUUGAAGACCUUUCAGCCGGUCGAGAUGUUGCCUCUGUCUUGAUAUUGCAGCAUCGAAGUCCUCCAGCAGGCGGUGCCACCGGUUCGUCAAGGCAACCCGAUAAGAUGCUUCCAGAUAUCGCGAACGAUUUGGAAACGAGAACGAUCGCAGACGAUAUGCUCGGUUGGGACGUUGUUCAUUGGAGCGGCCACAUUGGCAAGUCACCAGCCACUGAUAGUGGUGCAGACGACCGGAAUGAAUUUGGAGAAAAAGUCGGCAUAGCUCGCGUUGUGGAAGUCCUCGAGGGCAUAGAUUGGUCUGCAGCCCCCGGGUUUGACGAUGCCACCGAAGACGACGAGGAUGGACUGGGUAUCGUUGGUGAAGAUAAGUUCAAAGGCCUCGAUCAUGAGCUUCAACAGGAGAUGUUAGGUCUGAAGUUGUCGAUGCUUGAUCAUGAAGGCCAGGACAACGACGCCUCGGAUGGCGAGGAUGUCUCGUUGGAGCAAAUGGACACGCUCAGGAAUCGUGUCCUUGCCGUUCGGGAUACCGUAGCUGGCAUGCCUGAGUCUCAAAAGCAGGCAUUUGCCAAGCGAGAGAUCGACAGAAUCAUGCGGGCGCUCUGA